AUGACGGUGGGCGACAGCUUCGACAAGAUGGCGACGAAUCGGGAGGCCGAGUGGGGCACUGGGCUGUCCUCGGAGGGCUGUCGGCGGCCGCCGACGGCCGUCGACAGAGCGCAGACCCAUCCACCGGCCCGAGUCGCCGCGCGGCUGCAGGGAGCAAUGGCGCCCGCGGCCGCAGAGGCCCCCCCGGCGGCCGCGGCGCCCGAGAGCGGCGCAGACGUCCUGGAGGCGCUGGCCAACCUCCUCAGAGCCCGAUCGAACGCCAACCCCGCGAGGAGGGACGAGCCGCUGCCCAGUAGCAGUAUUAACUACUUCAUGGCCUCCAGGGCGGCGGACAUCAGCGUGGAGGACUACCUGCGCAGGCUCCUGCGAUUCUUCGAGUGCAGCCAGAGCUGCCUUGUACUAGUCGCCAUCUACGUCGACCGCGUCCUGAGCCUGCGGGAGGAGACGUCGAGGUGA